CAAUACAUAUGUUGACUUUAUUACAAGAUAUUACAUUCUAAAGUUUACAAAUAACUCGUAAUCAUUCAAUUGAAAUCAUUUUCCGAUUAUGUCCGGAAACACACGAGUGUAACAACGAUGUUACGGAACACACCGAACACCUUACAAUAAAGCAUUUAUUUUUUUAAAUACUUAAACAGUACGGUGUUUAAACAUUAUAAAAUGUAUAAGGUUAAUACACAUGCGUUUUAGUGUAUUGUUCUUAUAGAAUAUAUCGGUUUUUUAGUAUCCGAGUACUUCCGGAAAAAACGUAAACACUCAUUGCACAUCCGGCUGUAUUGAGAACAACACGUAUUUCGAAGCUUGUUUUGCUUAUUGGUACAGAUCGUUGUGUUUUUGAGGCAUCAAUUCUGCAGUAAUGUCUGUUGAUAAAGUUUUAUGUACACAUUGUGAUACAUUUGUCUCCCGUCGUACGAAAUAUUCCCACAGCAGGCUAGAUUGGCAAAGCAAGUUACCAGACUAUGAGGCGCGGAAGCGACGGAUUCUUGCAUCAGAUGUGGAGAAAGAUGAUAUUUCCAAGAAAAGGAAGGCUAAUGACAGCGUCGAACAGGAAAAAGAGACACACAAGCAACCAUCCGGGACAGCGUGUUCAAGACUAGAUAUCCGGAAGGAUACAGUAAAUGAUGAACUUCCACCAGACAGCCCCUGGAUUCCCUUGACAGAAAAACCUUGCAACGCUGAUGCCUUUGCAGACACAAUCAACAUCGAUAGCAAGGAGGGAUUCAGCGACAAGGAAGGGAAAACAAGUGAAGCAACAAUGGGCCAAAGUGACAGAGACUUAUCAUUUACUGAGGCCAUACCGUUGCCAGUUGAUGAAAGUUUUGUCCACACUGGAGACAAUGAAAGCUUUGAAUGCGGAUUUCAAAAUGAAGACCAUACAAGGGACCACCCAACAGAGCAGAGCAUUCCACAGAAGGCACAAGACAUUGUUAAAUGGAUUGUGACAUCAGUUUUUUCAAUUCAGUUGACACACAAUAUUAGCAAUGCUGGCAUUGUUAAGGUUCUGAUCCUGAUUGGGCAAAUUUUGGCUCUGAUGGCAACGAUUCCUAAAUUAUUGUCGUCAGUUGCAAAGAUAUUCCCAACUAGUCUGUACAUGGCCAAAAAGCUUCUCAACAUACAAUGUGAUAAUUUCACAAAGUAUAUCGUCUGCCCUAACUGUUGUGCACUUUAUGCAUAUACCAGUGUCAUUCAUGUUGUUGAUGGCACUGAGGUUGCUAUGAAGUGCACAAACAUGGUGUAUAGUUGUCGUGCAGCUGGCAAAUCGGGUAGAAAACAAGGCAAAGUUCAUUGCAAUGCUACCCUUGUUAAGGAAGUAUGUCUUAAGGGUGGGAAAAUACAUUUUUCCCCUUUAAAGGUCUUCUGCUACAGUGGCAUCAUUGAAACUUUGCAGCGUUUUCUCUUGCGGCCCAAGUUUUUGGACAAGUGUAACAUGUGGCGUCACAGGAAUGUUCCUUCCAAUUUAUUUGGUGAUGUGUAUGAUGGGGAAAUUUGGAAGAGCUUUUAUGAGCAUGGUGGCACUGACUUUCUCUCUCAACCACAUCACUUUGGGGGAAUGUUAAAUGUUGAUUGGUUUCAACCUUUUGAUCGUCGGAGCGACAUAUCAGUAGGUGCACUGUACAUGGUCCUCAUGAACCUCCCACGUGAUGAAAGGUUUAAACGAGAGAACUGCUUGCUUGUUGGUAUUAUCCCAGCUCUCUCGAAGGAACCAGAGAGUUUAAACUCCUUCCUUACACCAUUAGUCACAGAGUUAAAAGCACUGUGGAAUGGCGUGUUGAUGGAAGUUCAAGGCUCGUCAGCAUCUGUGUCAGUGAAAAUGGCUUUGAUGUGUGCAUCAGCUGAUAUUCCAGCUGCCAGGAAACUUUGUGGUUUCAUGGGUCAUGGUGCCACUCAAGGCUGUUCUCACUGUACAAAGCCUCUUUGGUCAAAUGGCAUUCGUGACUGUGGGCUCCCAAAUCUUGUCCAGUGGCCAAGCCGCAACAGGGAAGAUCAUCUUCGGUGUGCAAGUAAGGCCAGUGCUGCUACUUGUCUCACAAAGAAGAAGCAGGUUGAGAAGUUUUCUGGCUAUCGUUACACAGCCCUUCUGGAGUUGCCUUACUUUGAACCCUCCAGAAUGAGCGCAAUUGACCCAAUGCACAAUCUCUUUCUUGGGACAGCCAAGAAAUUGUUUGGUCACUGGGUCGAGAAAGAGAUCUUAUCUUCAGGGAAUCUCUCAGAGAUAAGCUCCAAAAUUCAGUCAAUCAAUGUAACCUCAGAGGUCGGUCGUAUUCCCACUAACAUAGCUACAAACUAUGGACAAAUGACUGCAAAGGAAUGGAAGAAUUGGGUACUUGUAUAUUCCCUCAUUUGUCUGAAGGGCCUCUUGCCAGUGAACCAUCUUCGCGCAUGGCAGACAUUUGUUCUGGCAUGCAGACACUACUGUCAACCUUGCAUUAGCAAUAUCAAUAUAGGUAUUGCUGGAAGGCUUAUGGUAAAAUUCUGCAACCAAGUGUCAGAGCUGUAUGGUGCUCAUUUUCUGACACCCAACAUGCAUUUACACUGCCAUUUGGAAGAGUCUGUUCGUAGCUUUGGUAGUAUUUAUGGUUUCUGGCUAUUUAGCUUUGAGCGAUACAAUGGAAUACUAUCUGACUUCUCAACAAACAAAAGGUGUGUAGAGGACCAGCUGAUGAGAAAGUUUCUCAUGUAUUCUGUCUCACAUGUUGAUGUUGAUCCAGAAUUUUCACCCCUGUUAGAGAAACUUUUGGAUGUUUCAUCAAAAGCUGAAGUCUUAGUCUCAUCACCAGAGGUUACAUUAGCAUCAACAAUGUCAGUACGUGAAGUUUCCUCCAGUGUUUGGAGUGACAUGUCACUUAUCACUCUCAAAGAUCGAAACACUUCAUUCCAUAAUCUUGGCAAAGAGCAUCUUGACAAUUUAUGCAAGGUGUAUUCUUUCAUGUACAGCAAAUCCGUUCAUUUGGGCAUGCUGUCAUGUAUGUACAGCAGACGCACAUCAUUGUCUUGGAACAAUGAAUCUCUUGGCUGUGAGACGAACAACCGUUCUCUUCGGAACAGCCUCAUCUAUGCGUCAUGGGCAGACAGUCACUCAUGUUUGUCAAAUGUAUUGUCUCCUCGCCCAGCAAGGGUGAAGUACUUCAUACUUCACAACCUUGAAUUACAUCCAGGUCAGACAGUUCAACAUGUGUUUGCAUUUGUUGAAUGGUUCAAAGUUUCUGCAAAUGACUUAGGCUAUCUAAACCCAUUCACUGUUUGGUCAGCCAAAUGUCAGAACGAUGGGCCUGCCUCAUUUCUGCCUGUGCAACGCAUUCAGGGUAAAUGUGCUUGGCAUAUGGAAGUGCAGAAUUGUCAGAGAUUCAUUGUUACUUGUCCAGUGCCCAAAUCAUUCUACUUGUAGAUGCAUGCCUCCCAAAUAUCCACAUCAGUGUGACUAGUCUUGGUGGUUUACACCGACACUCUACAAAUCUGAAUAAAAAAUGCCAUGUCAGUGUGACUAGUCUGGGUGGUUUACACCGACACUGUACAAACCUGAAUGAAUAAUGCCACGUCAGUGUGACUAGUCUGGGUGGUUUACACCGACACUGUACAAACCUGAAUGAAUAAUGCCACAGCAGUGUGACUAGUCUGGGUGGUUUACACCGACACUGUACAAAUCUGAAUGAAUAAUGCCACAGCAGUGUGACUAGUCUGGGUGGUUUACACCGACACUGUACAAAUCUGAAUGAAUAAUGCCACGUCAGUGUGACUAGUCUGGGUGGUUUACACCGACACUGUACAAACCUGAAUGAAUAAUGCCACAGCAGUGUGACUAGUCUGGGUUGUUUACACCGACACUGUACGAAUCUGAAUGAAUAAUGCCACGUCAGUGUGACUAGUCUGGGAGGUUUACACCGACACUGUACAAACCUGAAUGAAUAAUGCCACAGCAGUGUGACUAGUCUGGGUGGUUUACACCGACACUGUACAAAUCUGAAUGAAUAAUGCCACGUCAGUGUGACUAGUCUGGGUGGUUUACACCUACACUGUACAAAUCUGAAUGAAUAAUGCCACGUCAGUGUGACUAGUCUGGGUGGUUUACACCGACACUGUACAAAUCUGAAUGAAUAAUGCCACGUCAGUGUGACUAGUCUGGGUGGUUUACACUGACACUGUACAAACCUGAAUGAAUAAUGCCACAGCAGUGUGACUAGUCUGGGUGGUUUACACCGACACUGUACAAAUCUGAAUGAAUAAUGCCACAGCAGUGUGACUAGUCUGGGUGGUUUACACCGACACUGUACAAAUCUGAAUGAAUAAUGCCACAGCAGUGUGACUAGUCUGGGUGGUUUACACCGACACUGUACAAAUCUGAAUGAAUAAUGCCACAUCAGUGUGACUAGUCUGGGUGGUUUACACCGACACUGUACAAAUCUGAAUGAAUAAUGCCACAUCAGUGUGACUAGUCUGGGUGGAAUAUAAACCCACAAUUGAUGAAUUCUAAAAGAAUAGUGUCAUGUUACUGUGACAUAACAUUGAGUGAUGUCGACUUGAGAUAAACACAAAUAUUAUUAAUUUUAGUGUAUCUGUGGAUAAAACCUUUCAUGGUAGCAUUGUCUAAUUAUUGUAUUGAAGCCAAUUUUGAACAAACUGAAACCUGUUUCUUGUGAGGCCAGCAGUGUUCAUUGAUAUAUUAUUUGAGAAGACUUUUCGAAAUAACAGGAUCGAUGAGUUCACAGAAAUGUCAGCGUGUAAGUCAGUGAGAGAAGAUGAUUAAUUACUUGAUGUGUUUGCGCAUCUUCUUGUGAUCUUUGAUAUGUAUCUGAAUGACUUAUGCCACAGAAGUGUGACAAUGUCUGGGUGAUUUACAUGGACACUGACACAUGUAUAUCUGUUAGAGAAUGAUGUUGAGUAAUUACUCUAUGUGCCUCUUCUUGUGGUCUGUGAUAUGUAAAUAUGAAACAUUAUGCUUAUUUGUUGUCGAUCAAUAAAUGUAUUUUUUAUCUUA